CAGCGUGACGCAAGCGGGAGGCGAACCCGGGAAUCGAGGAGGUGCGUGACGGAGCCGCGCGAAGCUGUUAGAGCCGUUGGGGGAAACGCCGUAGAUAAAUAUAAACCAGGCCUCGCGUGCCGCUCUCUCGCCGCUGCGUUUUAUGUGCUGCCUUUGGCUUCGGGUCUGUCUUCGUGAAGUCCGGGGAGCUGUCAUUGGCAAAGGAGAAGGGAUCCCUAUUCCUGAAGAGGAGCAGUGGCCUCUCCCUCACACAUACACUCUCCAUCCAGGAGGCUCUGGGGUAGGGCCCUGCCAGACCCAGGAAGGGGGAAGGCUCCAGCACAGGUCUGGAGGAUGCUGUGACCAGAAGAUGGACUCACCAGGCAACAGCAGUGCCUCGGAGGCCUCGCCGUAUGGGAGAUAUGAACCGCGGUACAGUGAGGAAGAUGACGAUGUGGAUCUGGCCUAUUUCCUCCCCAGGGGCCAGGUGAGACUGGUACAGGGAGAUGGUGCAACCAGCCUGCAGCUCAUCCAUACGCUCUCUGACUCAGAUGAUGACAAUGACAGCCCUUGGGAGGGUCGUCUUGGUGACAGAUACAAUCCACCUGUGGACUCAAAUCCUGACACCCGAGAGCUGGAGUGCAAUGAGAUCAAGACCCAAGUAGAGUUGGCCACAGGGCAGCUGGGAUCAAGUAAGAUAGUGCAGGAGCAAAGCUUCCCUCGAAUGCUGAACCAGAGAGAACGAGGCCUCUGUCAUCAUGGCAGCUUUUCUCCUGGAGAGCGGUCCCGGGUUGUGUCUCAUUUUUUGCCCAACUACUUGAGCUUCACUGACUCCUAUUUCCAUAAGACUUUCUGUGGCGUCUAUAGCAAGGAUGGUCAGAUCUUCAUGUCUGCCUGCCAAGACCAGACAAUUCGACUGUAUGACUGCCGCUAUGGCUGCUUCCAUAAGUUCAAGAGCAUCAAGGCCAGGGAUGUAGGUUGGAGUGUUCUGGAUGUAGCCUUUACUCCUGAUGGGAACCACUUCCUCUAUUCCAGCUGGUCUGAUUAUAUUCAUAUCUGCAACAUCUACGGGGAGGGAGACACACACACUGCCCUGGAUCUGAGGCCAGAUCAGCAUAGCUUCAUUGUCUUCUCCAUUGCAGUCUCCUCAGAUGGACGAGAGGUGCUGGGAGGUGCCAAUAACGGAUGCCUCUACAUCUUUGAUCGAGAACAGAACCGCCGUGUACUGCAGAUGGAAUCCCAUGACAAUGAUGUAAAUGCAGUGGCUUUUGCUGACACAAGCUCCCAUAUCCUGUUCUCUGGGGGGGACGAUGCUAUUUGCAAAGUUUGGGACCGGCGUACCAUGCGUGAGGAUGAUCCCAAGCCUGUGGGUGCACUGGCAGGGCACCGAGAUGGCAUCACUUUCAUUGACAGCAAGGGUGAUGCCCGGUACCUCAUCACCAACUCCAAAGACCAGACCAUAAAGCUCUGGGAUAUACGGCGCUUCUCAGGUCGGGAAGGCAUGGAAGCUUCACGACAGGCAGCCAUUCAAGAAUACUGGGACUACCGUUGGCAGCAAGUGCCUAAGAAAGCCUGGCAGAAACUGAAACUCCCUGGGGACAGCUCUGUGAUGACAUACCGGGGUCAUGGUGUGCUCCACACCCUCAUCCGCUGCCGAUUCUCCCCUGCCCACAGCACUGGCCAGCGCUAUAUCUACAGUGGUUGCUCCACUGGCAAGGUUGUCAUAUAUGAUCUCCUCACUGGCCAAAUUGUGAAGAAGCUGGCCAGCCACAAGGCUUGUGUACGGGACGUCAGUUGGCAUCCCUAUGAGCAGAAGAUUGUCAGCAGUUCGUGGGAUGGGAACUUGCGCCUGUGGCAGUACCGUCCACUUGAAUACUUCAGAGAAGACCUGCUGGAUUCCGAGGACUGUCCUACGGUCACUCCACCAUACAAAUCCUUUGCAGCCUAUUCCUCCUCCCAGUAAUUCUUUCCUGUCAGUAUGGACUGAUCUGUGCAGCCCCCAGGGGGAAUCACUUACUCUUUCCUCUCUCUCCUCAGGGAGAUUAUGUGGAGGAGCGAAUAGGGUUAAAGGGUGAGGAGCAGAGACCUUAGCUUUUCUACCAUAGCCACACUCUGGGUGGGGGUGUUCUGCCCUUUGAGGCUGGGUUAUGUUCUUAAUCUAGUGCUAUUUACCAGCCUCCAUCCCCACCCCAAGAACAAGCAGGACAGACAACUCUGGAAAAUCAAGAGAAGUCACCCCCAGGUAGUUAUUUAGGCAGGGAAUGCUUCUUUUUUAUAAUCAUGUUUGGAUUCUGAGAGUUGGUCAGUAGACUAGUGUUCCUGGACUGGAUCUAAAUUGGUUGGCCAAUCAGAGUCUUAUUGCCUGGCCCUGUAGCAUGGACCUUCAAGUGGAAGGCCAGACUAGCCAUUCGGAAGGUUUCCCCACCACUGCUCUCCUUUUUUCUUGAUGACCAGAAUGUCAUUCCUUCUUAGGCAGGGAGUGGAGUGGUUCCCUCAGGCUGGGAUUCUGCUCUCCCUCCUUGUGUCUUUGGAGUAGGAGGUGCUACAGUGUAGGAAGUCCUAAAACCCCCAUCUUAAUCUUUGUGGAACUGAUUCUUUUCAGUGUGUGUCCCCUCAGGACAGGUGGGUAGGGGGACUACACAGGUUGAGUGGGGCUCCUUCCUGUCUUACACUUGCUUUAGCUCCCUCAAUAAAUUUUCCUCAGAAAUCUGA